GCCCAGCCGGCGCAGGGAGGCGCGCGACCGCCCUGCGUAGUUACGCGGAGCGGCCGGGCCCAGCCCAGCGCGCGUCAGCGGCGCCCGGCACCGCUCCCAGGCUCCGAACCGAACCGCCCGGGCUCAGGCGGCGAGGAUGAGCCAGAGGGACACCCUGGUGCACCUCUUCGCCGGCGGAUGUGGAGGUACUGUUGGUGCAAUUCUGACAUGUCCACUAGAAGUUGUGAAAACACGUUUGCAGUCCUCCUCUGUGACUCUCUACAUCUCUGAAGUCCAUCUGAACACUGUGAAUGGUGCUAGUGUCAACAGAGUUACUAGAGUUUCUCCUGGACCUCUCCAUUGUUUGAAGAUGAUUCUGCAAAAGGAAGGUCCUCGCUCUCUGUUUAGAGGGCUGGGUCCGAAUUUAGUAGGCGUUGCUCCCUCCAGAGCAAUAUAUUUUGCUGCUUACUCCAACUGCAAGGAAAAGUUGAACAAUAUUUUCAGUCCCGAUUCAAUCCAGGUACACAUGAUUUCAGCUGGUGUGGCAGGUUUCACUGCGAUCACAACAACUAAUCCCAUUUGGCUAGUAAAGACACGAUUGCAGCUUGAUGCAAGGAAUCGUGGAGAAAAACGGAUGAGUGCUUUUGAAUGUGUCCAAAAGGUUUAUCGAGCUGAUGGUAUUAAAGGCUUUUACAGAGGAAUGUCAGCAUCUUAUGCAGGCAUAUCUGAGACUGUUAUUCAUUUUGUUAUUUAUGAGAGUAUUAAGAGAAAACUACUGGAGUAUAAGAUUGCUUCUGCCAUGGACAAUGAGGAUGAAUCAGCAAAAGAAGCUUCGGACUUUGUUGGAAUGAUGAUGGCUGCUGCCACUUCCAAAACUUGUGCAACAUCAAUAGCAUAUCCCCAUGAGGUUGUACGAACAAGACUAAGAGAAGAGGGAACAAAGUACAGAUCUUUCUUCCAGACACUCUCUUUGCUUGUGAGAGAAGAAGGGUAUGGAUCCCUCUACCGUGGUUUAACUACACAUCUGAUCAGACAGAUUCCAAACACAGCUAUCAUGAUGUCAACCUAUGAAGUGGUAGUCUACUUGCUUGAUGGAUAGCAGUGUGACAAGGCUUACUAGAAGAAGGUGGAAGACUGAAAGACUGGAGUGGACCACUGAAAGUGAAUGCCAAAGUGGCGGGCAAAAGGAAGGUUUUAUCAGGAAUAUGCAGCAAUGGACAAAACAGAAGGCUGAUAGUGGGCAAUUAUGAAUAAUUUUGCUGCCUUAUUGUAUAGUCUCGUGGCAGUGUGUCAAAUGGAAACUGUCCCUUAGGGAAUGCCUUUAAGCAUCUCUUAAUUUGAAAUUAUUACUUUCUUUUCAUCUGUUAAUCUAAAAAGGGCCAUUUAGUCAUCUUCCAGGACCUGAUGGAUGAGAGAGGGGGCAUAACAUACAUUCCUGGGGCAGCCUUAUUCACUUCUCUUAGUGAUUGCUCUCAACUAUGUCCUUUUUGUUCUGUUUUACUGCACAGUAACCUGUUGGAAGAAUGGGGAAGACAGCACUUUCAUACCUUUCCAUGCCUUGAACUCCCAUUCAGUUGCUCUGAAGAUUCACAAAGAGUCUGAGGUAGUAGUCAGUGUGUGAAGUUUUCCAUGUUGCUACCUCAAGACAAAAUAUGGUGCAGGGACCCUGAACAGAGUUAUUUCUUCACCAAAAAAGCUGAUGAAGCUGAUUCUUUGUUUUGGUUUGGUUUUGUGGUUUGUUUUGUUGGGGUUUUUUUGUGUUUAUUUUAUUUUAUUUUUUAAAAUUUGAGCAGUGUUGUGGUAGAUGGGAUCUGAUUGUUGAACUCUUCAGGUUAUCCAUCUGUUACUAUUGGUGUAUGUGGAUUUCUAGGUCUGCUGCAUCAUCCAUUUUCCUUUCUGGAGCUUUAUUUCCUUAAGAAAGAUGUAUAAAGUGUUCUCCUUGUUGUAAGUUUUCCUUGCCAAAAUGUCAGGUCACUCACACGUUUAACAAAGAACCUGCUGAAUGUUACUUCAUAGAGUUUUAAGGAUCCCUUAUGUGAUGAAAAAUCUUUAUAGUCCUGCCUACCAUCUGUGGAUACAGGAUUCACUCAAGUAGUUUAAUGCUACUAAGAACAAUCUGUAUUACCCUAAGAUGUCUGGAAAAUCCUGACAUGGGUUACUAGUAUCUAUAUGGGAGUACAGGGGGAGAAGACAUUGCCAUAGGUAAGGUGACUAGAAAGCUGGUAACAAUCAAAGCUGACAUGAAUCUUUUCAGUGAAGAUGGACUCUGUGUAGAGUGAUGGGAGAAACCUCUAACUGAGAUUUUCUUCUAAGUGUUCCCCUUGAUAAUUGCUGUAUUACUUCCUCCAGCUUUAGCCUCUGUACUGAACUGGCAGUUAAUAGUAUAACCUUGUCCUCCAAAUCGUGUGAAUAUCCAGGCAUAAUUUUUGUUGUUCCAGAAGCCAAUUGCACAACAAUGCAUUGCAUUCAGCAGCAAGCCUUAGCUACUUUUUCUGUCAUAAGUUACAGGGUUUUCCUAAGCUAUUCAGCUGGAGUGUUAAAAGCAGAAGCUUAAUGUUACAAGAACUUGUACAGCUUUCCUAACUUUUUAUCUGCACUUUGAGUACUUCUCAGUCUACAUCCAAGAUCCUUAUCAGAAAGAUGAUCAUUAUAAAUAGAAGGCAAUAGCUUCCUAUAUAUAACUGCUGUGGACAGAACUGGGCUAUCACCUCUCCCAGUGUGGUACUUCAGUACACUUGAACUGUGUGUUGUGUGCAAUGGCUUUAUUUUAUUAAUGACUCCUUAUGCACUUUGUGACCUUAUGGCUUACAACCUUUCUUCCUCUUACUGGUUAUCGCUAGUCAAAGUGUUCAAAGCAGGUUGAUUUUAAACCAAGAAUGUGGUUUGAUUUCAGUGUAAGCUGUGCAGAAUAAACCAUUCUGUGCUAUAGAUCCAUAGCACAUCUGCAAUAGUGUUCUGUAGGCUGUAUGUAAAAGCUCAAAGCUUCCAGAACAAGCAGUCUGUGUCCUUCUCAUUUGCUUUCCUUUAUUUUCACCAUUAUCAUCUCUUCCACGCAGUGUCAAAAGUGUUUUAUUUUUUCAUGUAAUGCUCUGUAGCAAUUGCUCAUCCUUAUAAAAGGCACCUAUACUAUGUUCAGCAACCUUGGAGUAGAAGCUUGGUUGUAUUGAGUUUCUGCUCCUUGGGCAAUGUUAUCUUACUUUUUGAAGACAGCAUGGUUGGUGAUGUGACCAAAGGUGAACAGAAUUGUAAAAGAAGCAAGGGGAGUGUUUAAAUGUAUUUUCUAAAGUGGGCUUUUCCUAGUCAUCUCCCUAGGAAAAGUCUGGAGUAUUCUUGGAUCUGACCUAAGUCUUGAUGUGAUUUUUUUUUUUUCAGAUAACCAAGUGGAGGAAUAGCUACUUACUGAAAUUGCUGUGGCUAUCUAGAUUAUUCAGUCAGAGCCAAAAUUUAAAUUAUUAAAGACAAUUUUCAGAUUGAGUUAUUCAUUAAUACAAUUAGUCCUUGGAUUAGCCUAGGCUUCACUAGAGUUACUCUCCAGUUUAUUAGCUACGUUCUCCCUUGGUUACAUGUUCACCUCACUUUAAUUCACUUGGGUAUCAUGUGUGUACCCUGUCUGGGGGAGGACAGACCCCAAGUAAAAAAUGGUAACAGGAACAAUUGAAUAUAGGAGACAACAGUUACAAAUAGACAAAUUGCUUAAACACCCAUUAAAAAGUUGGAAUAAUAAUGUUUUAAACUUCAGGUUUAUAUUUCAGGUUUUUGGCUUAUAUUACAUAACAAAAUAUAAACGUAAAGUCUCUUGGGAUUCUUUUGUUAUCUUUUAUCUUACUGGUACAUACAAAGUUACCCCUAAAAUAGUUCCCAGUGGUUUUAAAUUUAUUUAUAUAGUUGUCUUCAUAUUUAUUACAAAAGGUCAAAGGGAAUAAGAAGAUGCUACAUUCAGCAACAUUUUAAUGGAAGUGAAAGGAGUGCAUUUAAACUUCUUGUAACUUAGAUGGUCAUCUUGAUUUAUGUUUGAAUGUACUGUAUUUAUCUCGCACUUUC